AUGUGGUGCUACGUGGGCAAGGCCACCAAGAUCUUCUUUGUGGUGGUGGCUGUCCUCGCCGUGGUGGGCCUCAUCGUUGGCUUCGGAUUCCUCCGCCACGGGCCCCGCUCGAGGGCCCAAGACGGCGGCGGCGGCGGCGGCGGCUGCGAUGGGGACGGCUGCCAGCCCGCCUUCCCCGUCCCCAUCCCCGCCACCCCCACCACGUCGGCGUCGCCGCUCCUCAGCCCCCCCGCCAUCCCCGAGUCGGCCGCCCCUCCCCCCGAGCCCCCCCAUGAGUAG